GCUGUAGUUUGACGGAAGAUGUAGCUACAAUAUCUGUGAUUUUGGGCAAGAAUUAACAAGUACUGUGCUGUAAACAGUCACUCGCUCAACACGUGCGGAUGUCCAUUACAGAGAGGAAGUGACGUAGUUUACGUCCCAUUUACCUUUACCGGAAGACUCACUUUUCACCCGGAAGUAUUCACCGAAAACAAUUGGAGGCAAAACAUCAAUGGGGGUCACUUGUGUGUGCCAGGUGCCUGUGACAGAGGGAAAGAGUGUGCAGCAGACUGUGGACAUCCUGCACAAGAAGCUGGAGCAGCUGGGUGCUAUAAAGCAGGGCAGCUUCUGGGUAGACUGUGAGACAUACCAUGCAACAGGAAAUGUCAGCGGUCAGCCCACUAAGCUCUUAUAUGUGAUGCACAACUCUGAAACUCCCCUGAGCUGCAUGGGUCUGUUUGAAGGCGGACCCUGCAUGAUAGCUGAUGCAAACUUUGACGUUCUCAUGGUGAAGCUAAAAACUCACUUCCAAAAUGCCAAGGGGCACAAGGUGGAGUGUCGUGGUUCUAGAUACCGCUACUGUGACUUCUUGAUAAAGGUUGGCACUGUGACAAUGAGCUCCAGUGCCAGAGGGAUAUCAGUGGAGGUGGAGUACUGUCCUUGUGUGGUUCCGGGGGACUGCUGGAAUCUCACAAAGGAGUUCAUGCAGUCCUUUCUUGGCCCCAGUGUCCCCGAACUGCCGUCUGUGUUUGCUGCCAAGCCUGAAGGACUCUUCGCACCAUCAGACUGCGUUGACACUAUGAAUCAGUACCUGGAGUUGUUCAACAAACUCCGUAAAAUGCAAAUGCCAGGAAGUAGCGUGCGAUGAGUUGUCAGUGGCAAUGAAGAUGACUUUUUUUUUUUUGUAUUGAUGUUGCUUUAAUUCUGGUCCUAUGGAUCAGCAUUUUAUCCAGGCAUUUUUUAAAGCUUGGGUUUUUUUUUUUUUUUUUUCAUUUCUGGAGCCUCAACAUUGCAUUACACCUUCGUAUUUGAUCGUAUUGUAUUAAAGAGACUUAAAGGCGA